GGGGGCGCGGGUGGGCGUCGGCGCCAUCCUCGGCACAUCAAUAUAGGUAAAGCACUCCUAUCAUGUUGUCUGUCUGGCUGUCUCUCCUCAUGCAUCUCCAGAGAUGCCUGGAUAAUUCAACAAGGCCAGGUCCCCAUCCCCACGCUCGUGCUAACGCAUCCGGAAGAGAAAUCAUGCAACACACCAUACUGGUAACCGGUCUCUCUUCUUUCCCCGCGCUAAAUUUCUGACAUCCACGCCGCUAACAACCCCGUGUGGCUGGAUUGGCACCCCAGGGCUCCGAGAUAGCCCGUUACUUGCUUGCUCGCCUCUCGCGGGGAGAUAUGUAUUGUAUCCUCCCUGGGGCAACC